AGCCCUGGUCAGUCUGUCUUGAUGAGAGGUUUAGCCUGAUCCAUCGACUCAGGAGCCAGCAGUGCCGCCUCUAUUCCUUGGGGCUGGGCAAUGAUGACAACCAGUUUGAGAUCAGCAUGGCCAACAGUGGAUGUGAGGUGCACCGCUUCGACCCCAGCAUCAAGGUGGCCCAUGUUCACCAGGGCCCCCACCUGUGGUACCAUCGCCUCUCCAUUGACUGGAGGGACCCCAACCCUGCCAUCCCUGCUCACAAACUUCACAGCAACACGAAGAAACUGGGCACAGUACUGAAUGAAUUUGGACAUCAGAAGAUUGAUGUCCUCAAGGCAGAUGUGGAGAGCGCCGAGUGGAAGAUUUUGGAAAACCUGAUCCUGGAAGGUGUUGUUGAGCAGAUAGGACAGCUGGUCUUCGAGGUGCACAUCCACUGGCCUGGGUUUGAGGUCAGUGGCAAUGACAGCACCGUGGUGCGGUACUGGUACAGCCUGCUCCGGGAGCUGGAGCUGAAGGACUUCAGGCUUUUCCACACCUACAAAGACCUAUCAAAACCACAGAUGUUUCUGAAAAAGGAAGCCUUCAAUGCCAGUAGCUGUUACACACUGAGCUGGGUAAAUACGAGAUGGAAACAGCAGGAAGGAACUGAUGCUGUGUGACUGGGACUGAGGGGGAGUUCGGCGCCACUGGCUGGAGCUGCUGAUGCGUGCACAAAACGGACUGGCUUUUACUUUUAGAUGUUGGGAAGAGAACUGGCACCAGGAGAAGGUUUCACUGUCACACAUGGCUCCCUCAGAUGUCAGCAAUCAAGUCCCAACCUCAUCCACCACAGAAUGCAGUGAGUUAAUUCAUGCAGGCAUAAAGCCCUAAUGAAGUUAAGGGGGCUUGUGUGUAGGGAGGUGAUUUUGAGGCAGUUUGCAGGGAGUAAGAGAGUAACCUUCUGAGUGUGAACUGUGUGUUUGUUGUGCAAGGAGUUGAGUGCUGUGACACCAAGUUUAUACAGGAAGUUAUC